AUGGCUCAAGCUCUGGGCUUUGCGUACCGCAUGGCCGUCCCUGCGGCCAUUGGUAUCGCGGUUGUGCAGUCGUCAAUCUACGAUGUCAAGGGUGGAUCCAGAGCAGUCAUCUUUGACAGGAUGUCUGGUGUCAAGGACACCGUCAUCAAUGAGGGCACGCACUUCCUCGUGCCGUGGCUGCAGAGAAGCAUCGUCUUUGAUGUGCGGACGAAGCCGAGAAACAUCGCGACGACGACGGGCAGCAAGGAUCUCCAGAUGGUCAGCUUGACCCUCCGUGUGCUGCACCGGCCCGAAGUCCAGGCCCUCCCCAAGAUUUACCAGAACCUCGGCCAAGACUACGAUGAGAGAGUCCUCCCCUCCAUUGGAAACGAGGUCCUCAAGUCCAUCGUCGCCCAGUUCGACGCGGCCGAGCUCAUCACCCAGCGCGAGGCCGUCUCCCAGCGCAUCAGCUCCGACCUCCGCAAGCGCGCCGCCGAGUUCAACAUUGCCCUCGAGGACGUCUCCAUCACGCACAUGACGUUCGGCAAAGAAUUCACAAAGGCCGUCGAGCAGAAGCAGAUUGCCCAGCAGGACGCCGAGCGCGCGCGCUUCAUUGUCGAAAAGGCCGAGCAGGAGCGCCAGGCCAACGUCAUCCGCGCCGAGGGCGAGGCCGAGUCCGCCGAGACGAUUAGCAAGGCCAUUGCCAAGAAUGGCGACGGCCUCGUGCAGAUUCGAAAGAUCGAGGCCGCGAGGGAUAUCGCGGCGACGUUGUCGUCGAAUCCGAAUGUUGCGUACCUGCCUAGCGGCGGUAAGAGCGGCAACCAGAUGCUGUUGAACGUUGGCCGGCCGUAA